AUGUCUGCCCCUCAGAGCGACGCUUUCAAGCAGGCUGUCAUCGACAGCAAGAAGCUGACAUCGAAGCCUAGCAACGAUGAUCUUCUCGAGUUCUACGCCUACUUCAAGGUCGGUACCGGCGAGGACUUCUCUUCCGCAGCCAAGCCUGGCAUGUUCGACCUGAAGGGCAAGGCCAAGUACAACGCCUGGGAGAAUGUUCACAAGGACGGCCUCUCGGCCAAGGAGGCCCAGGACAAGUACGUCGAGCUCAUCGAGGCCGCCAAGAACAAGUACGGUUUCGACGCCAACAAGCAGCCCGAGGCCGUUGGCUCUUCGUAG